AUGUCAAAUUUGUCAAGCAGUGCUUCUAUUGGUACAAUUGGGUUGGUUAUUCGUAGAAACAAGAGGAAAGAAUGUUAUUGUGAAGAAGAAAGUGUCAUUCAUACUGUGGGUGACAUGAACAAUGUUAAUUUUUGGGGGAAAUUUUGGGGUUGUAGAAAUUACAGGUAUCAUAUGCAUAAGAGAUGCAAUUAUUUUAAAUGGUUAGAUGAUGACAUUGUUGAUUUAAGGGGUCUGAAGAUUCAAAGGAAAAAGAAGAAACUGUAUAAAUUGAAGAGUAAAACCAGUCAGACUAGAAGAUUGUUGAAAGUAUCUAUUGUGGUUGGAAUAUUGAGCUUAGUGUUGAAUGUUGUAUUUGUAACAAUGUAUUUUUAG